CGCGAGGUCACCACCCCGGAAGUUCGACUCGGCGUGACUUUCACUCGGGGGCUCCUCUUCACCGACACAAACCUCCACGCGCGAUCACCGAUGCCGCUCCUUGCUGGCGCCCAGUCGCACGAAGACUCCUCGUACCACGCGGGCGAGCAGCGGGGGACCUCGCGGGCGAGUCCGCCGGCCGAGAGCGCCAGGUCGUCGCCCUCCCCUCGGCAGGGAGCGAUCAGACCCGAGCAAAUGAUCCGUGGUGGGAUCGCCUUGCACCGCAGAUUGAGUAGAAGCCACGCCAUGGGCAGGAAGAACACCGUCCCAGAUCGGUGGGAGAAUUAUGUUCCUGUAGGAAAAAGGGUGAAAGGAACUCGCUUCAUCUCAUUUAAAGUGCCUCUGAGACAGGCCAUCUUGGAUCAUCUUGAAGCAGAGGUGACUCAGAUGAGCCCAUCGGGACUCCUGGAGAACAUAUCAAGGCAAAAAGAAAGCCUAGGCUUGGUUAUUGACCUGACAAACACCACACGCUACUAUGAUCCAAACGAACUGACAAAAGCGGGCAUCAAGUAUGAGAAAAUAUUCACGAUGGGCCAUGAGGUGCCGAAUGACAAAACCAUCGCCCAUUUUAAAGAAACCAUCAAGACCUUCAUUGGAGAAAACGCCGGAAACGACAAGCUGAUCGGCGUGCAUUGUACUCAUGGCGUGAACCGGACUGGGUACCUGGUGUGUCGGUAUCUUAUCGAUUGUGAACAAAUGGACCCAGACGAAGCGAUACAAGCCUUUAACAGUGCUCGAGGUCAUUCGAUUGAGAGGGAAAAUUAUCUCAAAGAUUUGAAAACGAGGGAUUAUUCAAGGCGCUCGAGUGCAACUUCGUGUCCUGCGCGGGCCUCUUCCUCCAGCGUUUGUGACCCGUAUCAUAGUGGUCAAGAGAAGAUGGCCUCGAGGAAGAUCCUGACAAGGUUGGACCACAGAAUUGACCAAAGAGCAAGUGUCUACCCACGGCCUCCGAGUCGCAGAUUUCACCAAAUGCCACCACAAGACACACAGAUGGAUUGGUGGUCUCAAACGCCAGCAGUGGGAGGUUAUCAACAGGACUAUUUUCACCAUCCUGACGGAGGGUAUGUGCAGCAAAAUUACAGCCAGAGUUUGAAUUAUCAGCCAUGCUGGCAAAUGCAGCCACCAAUACCGUUUCACCAGCAGAGGUUCCAAGCUCAAAGUUUUGACCAGCAAGAUGAAAGACCGUGGUGGCAGAGGGCAGAAAAUCAACAAUGAGAAGAUUGUGUGGAAAUCAAUGGCACAGUGCUUGGCUGGAAUGUGAUACAUAUUUUAUUGGCCACGUUCAUUAAAACUGAUCACUCAGUGGGUCUGAUUCUCAUUUUAACAAAUGAUAAUUUUAUAAUAUUUUUUGCAACAAGCAUUUUCCCAUGACUCCAUCGUUACAAAUGGACAAAUCAUAAAAAAAAAUUGUUUUUGGCCCUUUCUUCAAGGUGGGAGUUUGACUUAAUAUUUGGAACUGUUCUGGAGAGAAUGUGGAAUAUUGUUAACCUUUAUGUAGAAGGGUCUACCCUUGAAAAUAUAGUAUUUCAAAAUUUUCACAAUCGACAUUUUUCAUUGAGACUGUAAAAGGCGGAUUAUAAACGUCUUAGAUUCUACUUUACUAUCGUGAUGAACGAUGUACCGACAGGAACGCAUUACGAAUGGAUGAUAUUACUCAGUUGUCUAAUAGUUUGUCUGGAUUUAUAUAAGUCUACAAAACUAUUUUUGCUACUUAAAUUUGACACGGAAUAAUUUCAGAAAGUGGUGUACAGUUUAACGUGAAAACACUUUCGCAAUUAUUUUAGAACAAUGUGUUGCCGCUGGAGCUCGGAAAUAUUCCUACCGGAAUGGCAUUGGAUUCCAAGGAUCUCCCCCGUGGCCAAUUCCUGGAGUUGCCCGUUUGAAGGAAUUCAUGAUUCGGCUAAGCCCACGAUCCAAUUCGAGAUCGUAUCCGUGAGGAUUCGUAUAUAAACCGCAUCGCAGGCAAAGGUGUUUCUGAGACUCCCAGCUCUAUUCGACACCAGUGUGAAAAGUUUGCUUUGUCUUUUAUUCUUUGAGAGGUGUUUUGGAAUAGUUUUUUUUUUCACUUUACACACACAAUGUGCAUGUGCAAUUUAUUUUAAAUAUUAAAUUACAGCUCGUUUGUCAGAUUUUUGGGUUUGAUCAAUUCAUUAAAUUGGCAUAUUUGUUCACGUGUGGCAACUUUAUAUAUUGGCCGUGUCGGGUGGAGGAGGGCGUACGACACGCAUUCUACUUAUGCGGCGAUCCGAGCUAAACAUCUGAAAUUGAUUAGCCUGGAAAGCCGGCGUUUAAAAUUUACAGCUCAUUUUCUGCAUUUAUUUUAUUCUGCAAAUGGCGCCACAGCAGUGGCUUCUUACACCGAGUUGUGUAAUAUACUUUGUGAAACUAUCCGUAGCGCAUUUACAUGUCGUCUUUGUUAUGGUGCGACAGUGUUCGUACUUAAAUGCGGGCUUCUGGCACGGUAUUAACACCUGUCAUUUCGUUGAGAGCUCCGUGCCUUUGGCCUUUGUUAUACAGCUAUGGGUUACGACUGCACCGUGUGGUUCUACUUGGACCCCCGCAAGUUGGUAACGGUGACAUUUUAGUCCGAGCUCGCAACUAAAAACAACAUGUUUGUUGGUAUGAUGACAUAAUAAACAUUUUUGCUGCUUUGGA